AUGUCGACCAGGGCGGGGUCGAAGGAGUUGAAGGCCGCCACCAAAGCUUUCACCAACAACUAUUGGCGCCAGUACAGGUGCGACCUUUCCCUUCAAGAGGUGGAGAAAAACCACCGAAGAGCUGUCGCGAAGACUAGGGAUGCUUUAGCUACUAAAGGACCCUCUAUCCUGCCUACUUCACCGCAUGCCCCUUUGCAAAAUGUUGACGACGCACGAAAUGUGACUGGAGGUUCAGAGCAAGUGUGCGCGUGGAGCAAUACAUUGUCACUACCUUUUGGAACUGAAACACUUGAUGUUACUCAAAAUUUUUUGCUUGAUCUGAAAUGGCUGCAAAAAUAUGCGAGAGAUGGGCCGUCUGAUACUUACCCAUUAGCAAAGUGGCGCAUCCUCAACAGAUUGCAUGACAGAAAUGAAACAAUGUACCACAAGGUCUUAAUAGAUAACAUUGAGGAGUAUGCGCCUCUCGUCUACACACCAACCGUUGGACUUGUUUGCCAAAACUACAGUGGUUUGUUUCAACGGCCUCGGGGAAUGUAUUUUAGUGCAGAAGAUCGUGGGGGGAUGAUGUCCAUGGUGUACAAUUGGCAAGCUGAUCAAGUUGACAUGAUAGUGGUGACUGAUGGAAGUAGGAUACUAGGCCUAGGUGAUCUGGGGGUGCAUGGUAUUGGCAUUGCUAUUAGAAAAUUGGAUUUAUAUGUUGCUGCUGCUGGAAUAAAUCCUCAGAGGGUUCUUCCGGUUAUGAUUGAUGUUGGAAGGAACAAUGAGAAGCUCCUUAAAGAUCCUCUUUAUAAGAUCUUGAUUGAAUAUUUCUAUGUGCACUAG